AUGGACCUCACCAACUGGGGUGUCGCAUACCUUGAGAACGUUAUGCCUGCACCAGUCAAGGCAAACAUGGCGAUGAAAGAAAGGCUCAAAUCACCUGCUAGCGAAUCCAUGAUGACCAAUAGCUCUCCACCGCCUCUUAGUCAGUAUCCAGCAGAUGAUGGCCCGCUCCCGUGCACGUCGUCGCUCCACUUCAACGACUGCAGCGGCACAGCAGAUGAUUUCGCCUCUGCCCCUGACAGAACGACUAGCGAGACCGCGAUGUCUCUUGUCAAGCCAUUGGAGGAUCUGACCGAUGAGAUACUAUCAGCGCUCUGCCUCUGUCUCCAGAGGAAGCAAUGUGGAUGCUGGGCGCGGGUGACUCAAGCCAACUUGGCGAGUACGAAGAGUAGGUGGUGCAAUUAUACAACGAUACAGCUGCUUACCGUAGACAGCGGCCUCAUGAUCGAACCGCGCGAUGAGCAAUAUCUGCCGUCGCCUGAAGACUGGAUGUGUACACCAGACGGAGACCUGGCGCACGGCAUCGUAGACGAGCAAGCCGACGACAACCCAGCCUUCCAAUAG